UUGGGAAGACGACCUGCAAAUUUAUAUCUCCGCCUUUUUUUUCCUUUGUUUUUUAAUAUCACUCCCUUUUUAUACCCCUUCCUUAGUUUGAUUUCAGCCACGAAGAACCCAUCUCUCUCUCUCUUGCUCGCGAUUAUAUUCCUGCGCUCAGAUUUUCUGUUCUGAUAGCAGGGAUUUUUCCUCUCUGAGCUCCAAUAAUGGCAGAAGCAAAGCCAAAUGCCGCCGCUUUACCCAAAUCCCCUUCCAGAAGGCUUCCAGACUUCAAGCAAUCCGUUAAGCUCAAGUAUGUCAAGCUCGGCUACCAUUACCUCAUCACCCAUGGCAUGUACCUCUUUGUCACUCCCUUACUUUUUAUCAUCGCUGCCCAAGUCUACUCCACCAUUUCCCCCCAAGAUCUCUACGUUAUCUGGGAUCACCUCCGCUUCAAUAUCAUCUCAGUCGUUCUCUGCUCCACCCUCCUUGUCUUCCUCUCCACCCUCUACUUCCUCAGUCGCCCAAGUCCUGUUUACCUUGUCAACUUCGCCUGCUACAAACCCGAAGACGAUUGCCAUUGUUCCCGUCAAACUUUCAUGGAUCGUUCCCGGUUGCGAGGUUCAUUCACUGAAGAAAACCUCGAGUUUCAGCGAAAAAUACUUGAAAGAUCUGGCCUUGGUGAAUCCACUUACCUUCCUAAAGCAGUCACUAAUGUCCCCCCAAAUCCUUCGAUGGCCGAGGCCAGGAAGGAGGCUGAGGCUGUAAUGUUUGGCGCUCUCGACGAGCUCUUUGAAAAGACAAAUCUGAAACCGAAGGACGUCGGCAUUCUGAUUGUGAAUUGCAGCUUAUUCAAUCCAACCCCUUCUCUAUCUGCAAUGAUUGUGAAUCACUACAAGCUGAGGGGAAACAUUCAGAGCUAUAACCUCGGCGGUAUGGGCUGUAGUGCAGGACUGAUCUCAAUUGAUCUCGCCAAGCAGCUCCUUCAGACCCAUCCAAAUUCCUACGCUUUGGUUGUCAGCAUGGAGAACAUCACCUUAAAUUGGUAUUUUGGCAAUAACCGAUCGAUGCUCGUCUCAAAUUGCCUUUUUCGAAUGGGUGGAGCUGCAAUCCUUCUCUCAAACAAGCGAUCUGAUCGAAGCCGCUCUAAGUAUCAGUUGCUUCAUACAGUUAGGACGCACAAAGGAGCUGAUAAUAAAUGCUACACCUGUGUUACCCAGCAAGAAGAUGAUGAUGGCGAGAUUGGAGUUUCUCUGUCAAAGGAUCUAAUGGCUGUUGCUGGUGAUGCUUUGAAGACGAACAUAACUACAUUGGGUCCUCUUGUUCUCCCCAUGUCUGAGCAGCUACUGUUCUUUGCUACUUUAGUAGGGAGAAAACUGCUCAAGAUGAAGAUUAAGCCAUAUAUUCCAGAUUUCAAGUUGGCCUUUGAGCAUUUCUGCAUUCACGCUGGUGGAAGAGCUGUACUGGAUGAACUGGAGAAGAACUUGCAGCUCUCUGAGUGGCACAUGGAGCCAUCGAGGAUGACAUUGUACCGGUUCGGGAACACUUCGAGCAGCUCCCUCUGGUAUGAAUUGGCUUACAGUGAAGCCAAGGGAAGGAUCAGGAGGAGGGACAGGAUCUGGCAGAUUGCAUUUGGCUCUGGUUUUAAGUGCAACAGUGCAGUGUGGAAGGCAUUGAAGACUGUGAAACCUGCAAAGGAGAAGAGCCCUUGGAUGGAUGAAAUUGAAAGCUUUCCAGUCACAGUUCCAAGGGUAGCAGCAAUCAACUGAACUGAAUGAUAAUUUCUUGUAACUUAUUAGGCAUAGCCUUAUAUCAUUCUAAGUUGUAGUGGAAUAGUUCUUUCGUAGCAUUUGGUCUUGCUAGAUGGCCUGUAAUGGAGAUUUCUGAUUAUUGUUUCAAAGGAAGAAAUUUGCCAUAUUUAAUAAGAUUGCGUUGCUUGUGGUAGCUCAUGGAG